AUGUCUGGCACCAUGAGCGCACUCGUGGUCUUCACAUCGCUGCUGUUGGUGAACAGCAGUCGCACCAUCCUCGGGCGAAGAGGCAUCGCCGAGAAGGAAUCUCGAAGCCUAUUCACGGAAGCGGAUGAAGCUUCCGAAUCCUUCGGCUGUGAAGAAGAGCUUCGAGCACUGAAGAAGGAGAUCCAGGACGCUUGCGAAGAGGACCAUCGAAAUGGCGCGCCGGUCUCCGCUGGAGGCUGCCAAGCCGAGGCGGAAGCUGUUGUCAGUGAUGGGGACUACGAGGUCUGGAGCCAGUUGUUGCUUCAGUGCGGGAGCGAGAAGACGCACCUCUUGUUGUGGAGUGGCUAUCAAGAUGGGGAGCGUGAAGACGUCCUGCGACCAUUGCGACAACAGGGCGGCUGCGUCCUGCAGAGCCAGGAGGAUCCGGACACCCGGCUCGGGCAGCUCUUGAAUGCUCCCGGUGUGAAUACCCUGAAGUCCUGCAGCCUGCCCAAGGUCAAAGCCUUUUGGGUGGGCGCAUCCCGGCAGUUCGCCAGCACCUGGGCUGUGAGGUCCCAAGAUGUCAUCGUGGCGAUCAACUAUCACAAACAGCAAGGGCUGUCUUACAAAAUUCUUUUCGACACUGUCUUUUACAGAGGCGAGCUGAAAGCGGCCGUUCAAGCCUUCCGCGACGGGUUGCAGAUGCGCAUUCUUUACACACAUCCCGACAUGACAGAUGAUGACAUGAUUGGGGCGACUUCCAUCAUGCACGAAAGGGCACGCCUGCUGUCCCCGAUGCUCGCAUCGAAGUUUCGGGAAACCACCACAUGGCGCUUUGGUCACUGCGCCAAGGAGAACCUUGCGCAAGCUGUCAGCCAGACACUGGUUCUCCUCGAUCCCGAUGGUCCUGAGUUCUUCAACAACCUUGGAGUCAUGUACUUUGAGGGCCUCGGGGUAGCUCAGGACUUGCACUGGGCGCGGUGGCUCUUUGAGCGGAGCAUGGCGAGAGGCAGCACUAGGGCCCCAACCAGUCUUGGCAUUAUGUACCAGCAGGGGCGAGGCGUCGACCGAGACUUCCGAAAGGCCAUCGAUCUGUAUCAGAAGGGCAUCGGAAGGGGCGAUGACCUCGCCCCUGCCAGGCUUGCAGGGAUGUAUCUCGAUGGCAAGGGCCUGGCCCAGGACUUCCAAAAGGCCAGAAACUUGUAUGAGAUGGCUAUGGAAAGGGGUGAAUUUCAAUCAGCAAAUCUGCUUGGCCACAUGUACCAGAAAGGGCAAGGUGUAUCCCAAAGCCUGGAUAAGGCAAGAGAACUCUACGAGCUGGGCAUCCAAAAAGGCGAUGUAUUUUCCCUGAGCAGCCUUGCAACAAUGUAUGUUGAUGGUAUCGGGGUGCACCAGGACCUUCAAAAGGCCAAGGACUUGUUCGAGACGGCAGUUGAAAGGGGUGACGCCGGAGCUGCCGGUUGCCUUGGCAACAUGUACCUGCGUGGACACGGUGUCACGCAAGACCUGCAUAAGGCCAAGGAGCUGUAUGAGCUGGGCGCAGGAAGAGGCGACAUCUUGUCCACCGAAAGCCUUGGACACAUGUACCGCAAAGGCCUCGGGGUGCACCAGGACUUCCAAAAGGCCAAAGAACUUUACGAGACGGCCAAAGAGAGGGGUUCCCCGACAGCCGCGUACGAGCUAGGCAACAUGUACCAGUUUGGGAUGGGUUUAGCCCAAGACUUGCACAAGGCCAAAGAACUCUACGAGCUGGGCGUUGCAAGAGGCGACGUCUUGUCCCUUUACUGCCUUGCAACCUUGUACCGGGACGGGAUCGGAGUGCAGCAAAACUUCCAAAAGGCUAAGGACUUGUAUGAGACCGCCAUCGAGAAGGGUUCCUCUAGAGCCCCCUAUGAGCUCGGUAACAUGUACCAGCAUGGGCGAGGUUUAGCCCGAGACCUUCGCAAGGCCAAAGAACUUUACGAGGAAGGUAUGGCAAGAGGCGACAUCUUAUGCCCCGAGAGCCUUGGACACUUGUACCGCGAUGGCCUCGGGGUGCAGCAGGACUACCGCAAGGCCAUGGAGCUGUAUGAGAUGGGCUUGGGCAGGGGCAGUUUUGGAGCUGCACUCAGCCUGGCAUGCAUGUACCAGUACGGCCUCGGCGUACCGCAGGACUCUCAGAAGGCCAGGGAACUGUACGAAAAAGGUUCCGGAUCGAGUGACUCUUCUUCCAUAGCGUCCUUGGCCCCGCCAUUCUGCCCAAGAACGAUCUGA